GUGAAAUCUAAAACCAUAAUACUCUCUGUUAGGGUAUAAAUAUAAAACAACAACAAAAAUAAUAAGAAGAAGGAAAACACAUACACACAGUCGUGUGCCGUUGGCAACAAGUGGAAUAUAUACAAACAAAAUUCAUACACUUCUAUGCUUAUGUGUGUGUGUGCGGCCAGUGUAAUCAUAAGACGUCAACAAAAACCCUAAAACAAAUAAAACAAGAGAAAAAAACGUUUGAAACUUAAUGGCAGCGACAAGAAAUUGCAGAAAAGAUACAAUUUUCUUCGGUCCUAUUUGUUAAUGACAUAAUAGAGUUUGGUGUUUCAUACGUUUUCGUACUCGUUUUUUGUGUGAAGAAGCCAAAAACAUUAUCAUCAUUAUCAUUAUCAUCAAGAGAGAAACAACGGGCACAUCUAACGCUGCAGCUAACAGAUGAGCCCCAACAACAGAUGUCAAUUGCUGCAGCCGAAAAUGCAGGGCUUAGCCCAAGUGACUUACCAGAUCAUUGGGCCUCAGGGACAUCAAAUCCAGCGACCUCAACCAGCAGCACUGGUGGUAGCGCCGGCAGCAACAUCAGCCACCUCAGCAGCAGCAGCAGCAGCAACAGCAACAGCAGCACCACCAACGGGGGCAGCAGCAGCACUGGCAACAACAAGUACAACAACAGCGGCAACAUAUCGGUCUGCAAUCUGCCGCGUUCAUCGCCGGCCGCUGCCACAGCAGCCGUUACUUUGUCAUCGGCCGCCGGCGGCAUUGGCAGCCAUUUGCUGAGCGGCGGAUUGCAUCACGGACUGGCGCCCGGCACGCAUCCGUUGCAGCGCGCGACGGCAGCGAGCGGAGGCGGCGGGGCUGGUGCUGGGGGCGUGGCAGGCGCCUCAACAGCAGCGGCACUUACGGCCCUCCAGCAGCAACAGCAGCAACUGGCCUACCAGCAACAUCAACAGAAGCACCAGCAACACCAGCAGCAGCAACACCAGCAACAGCAGCAGCAACUGGUCAAUCUCGGAUCGCUGCAACAACACCAUUCGAUUCACAACAAGGCAGCGGCCGCUGCCGCACAAACUGUGAACAUUGCAGCAGCGCUGCAGCGAUCGGCCGCCAAUAUGAAUGCGGUGGCAUCGCCGAUCUCAGCCAACUCUGCCAACUCAGCGACGUCCGGACGGAAGAUACGACGCAAGACGGAUUCAAAGGUCAAUCUGCCUCAAUCACAAAUCAACAAAUGCAACAAUGAGAAAAGACGUCGCGAGGCAGAGAAUGGCUACAUCGAGCAGUUGUCGGAGAUAUUGACGCUGAAUAAGCGCGGGGAUAUGACCUCAACGAAACCGGACAAGGCUGCUAUACUAAACCAAGUGGUUCGAACGUAUCGUGAGAUUUGUGACAAGGGCCAAAACCGUGAUAUAUCCUCAACGUCGACGAACAAUAAUAAUAACAACAACAACAACUCCACGACAACGACCAACAACAACAAUACGAAUAACAGCAACAAUAACAAUAAUAAUAAUAACAAUAGCAACAACAGCAACAACAACAACAACAACAGUAACAACAAACCGCAAGCAACCUCAACACGCUGCAGCCGCUGUGCCACAGACAACUGCUCGAUCCAUCCGGUGCAACAGGGUGAAGUAUCAUCCACAGAGCCACCGCUACCAGAGCCAUCGCUGCUCCUUGGCCAGGUGCCCGAAAUAUCCGCAUAUUUCGAGGCACUCGAACAUUACAUCAGCGGCGUCGGCUGGGUGCUGCUCCAGGUGAACGCCAACGGCAUCAUUGAGUCCUGCACACAGAAUAUACGCGAGCUGAUCGGCUAUGAGAAGCAGGAGCUGUAUCACCAGCCGCUCUACAUGUACCUCUAUAAGGGGGAUCACGCCAAGCUAGAGCCGAUCAUUAACAACAUGUACAGCAAUCCCAAUGGCGGCAGCACUAGCUCCUCCUCUGGCCAAUCUGGACCAGCUGGUGGCAGUGGCGGCGGUGGAUCUGGUCCAAGUGUGGGCGUUUGGGGCGAUCUCGAUGAGCUGAACAAUGGCAAUGCGUCGCAACAGUCGGCGGGCUCUAAUUCCAAUUCCGGCGGAAUUGGUGGUGGAGCUGGUGGCCCUGCAGUGGGCAAGUCGAAGCGCAGCAUCUCCACCAAGGUGCGUAUGCUAGUCAAGGACACUCGCACGGCCACCCAGACGUCAUCGUCGUCGAACUGCGAGGAUCAGAAGCCGCUGCGGCAGUCCGGACAGCAGGACAAGUACGAGGAGGUGGUCCUCAUAGCGGCCCCCGUCAAGGAUGAUGCGGACGCCAGCAGCUCUGUGCUGUGCCUGAUCACCCGACCGGAGGACGAGUCACCGCUGGAGAUCAAUAUACAGCAGCAUGUCCAGCAGCAGCCCAUCGAGCAGAUGACCUUCAAGCUGGACAUUUAUGGCAAAAUACUCGACCUCGAUCACACGGCGCUGCGGGAACCCUUCCAGCAGCACCUGCAGACGUGGGUGGGGCGCCUCUGGCAGGAUCUGUGUCAUCCACACGACCUCUCCACGCUCAAGUCGCAUCUGCGCGAUAUUCAGGACUCGGCCAGUGCCCAUUCGCCGGGCGCGGGAGCUGGCUCCCAUAUGGUUUCGCGUCCAUUUCGCUUGCGCUUGGGCCCCGACGUCUACGUUCAUGUGAAGGCCAGUUCGAGACUGUUCCUCAACCAGACGCCCGGCGAGGGUGACUUCAUCAUGUCUGUGCAAACGCUGCUCAACUCGGAGAACGACAUGAACAGCAACAACACGGGAGCGGGCAACAGCAACAGCGGCGGCGGCGGACUGGGAUUGGGCCAGCUCUGCGCCAUGUCGCCGGGUCCAUCGCUGGCCAGCUCGCUGCUCAGUAACCUAUCGAUGGACGGCCUCCAUGGAGUAGCGGGCCCCGGCUCGGGGGGCUCCUCGUCCUCGCCGGCGGCAGUCACUGGCGUGCUGCCCACCCAUCUGCUGGGCGGACUUGUGGGCGGCGGCCAGCAAGGCGGUGGCGGUAAUAGCACACAGACCACAAGCGUGGGCGGACCGCUGAUGAGCAGCGCAAUCAUCAACGGCAGCGGUCUCCAACAGCAGCAGCAGCAACAGCAGCAGCAGCGUUCCGGAGCCAGUUCGUCGACCAAUGCGCUGGUGAACGCGUUCACCGCCUCGCCGGCUCCCGGAGAGCACAGCUUCUAUGGCAGCGACACGUUUGAAUUCGAUAUUGCAGCACAUUCCUCAUUCGACAUGGAUCCCAGCGGUGGCGUGGGAGCCUGGACGGAUUCGCGGCCCAAUUCGCGGGCCUCGGUGGCCACGCCAGUUAGCACACCGCGUCCUCCCUCUGGCCAUGGCUUUAGUCCGGCUGUCUGCGCCUCGCCAGCCACGCCCUAUCAGCUAUCCUCGCACUCUGCCGCCAGCCUGCCGUCGCCGCAGUCGAAUGCCAGCGCCGGUGGCAACUACGGUUUCAACUUCCACUCCUUCGAUGCGGGCGAUGUAAAACCCGAGAAGGAUGUCCAGCAGCAGCAGCAGCAGGGCGGUAGCAAUAAUAGCAGCGGAAGCAGUAACAACAAUGCUUUAAUAGGCGGUGGCCUGCCCAAUGGAGGAUUGCUUUUAUCCCAGCAGCAGCAGCAGACGCCACCGCAGCAGCAGCAGCAGCAACAACAGGAGCCCUCGGAACGAUUGCGCCACCUGCUGACCAAGACGCAGGGCAGUCUGGGAGGAGGCCUAGGUGAUGAAGAAAAGUACUUCAAGCCAGAGGGUAGUGACGAUGAGAAGCUCGGCGGCGGUAGCUUUAAGAUGGGCGGCCAGCCCGGAGGUUUGGGAAUGUUUGGACCCAUGGGUCCGAUAGGACGUGGCGGCCCCAGCUCUAGUUCCAUGCUGCACAAGGCUGGCAAUUCGCAGAAUCCCAUGUUGCUCAAGCUGCUCAACGAGAAGACCGAGGACGAUGAUGGCAACGGUGGCGGUGGCUCAGGCUCUAUGAACAACUCCCGCCAGAGCGAAUUGAUGCGACAGCUGAAGAAUCCCGACGGCGGCAGCCAUGGCAUGCAUCGGGGCAAUGCCGGCGGUAACAUGAGCACCGAGGAUCUCAAGGCCAUGCUUAAGAUUCAGAGCGAUCCGUCGCUAAACCGCAAGCGUUCGCUCAACGAGCCGGAUGAUGAUCCUUCCGCCAAGCGGUCAGAGGACAAGCCCAGCAAGCUGUGCACGCAGAACAAGAUGCUGGCCAAGCUAUUGCAGAAUCCGCCAAAGACACCCAAACCACCCAAUCCCGAGCAGCCGUUGCAGGUGAAGACGCUGCCGGAUAUAACCAGCUCCAGCAACACUCUGGCAGCACCCGGUAACCUCAUUAGCGCCGGAAGCACCGGACCCAAGGCCGCGGCCAAUCGUAAUCGCAAGCAACAGCAGCAACAGCAGCAGCAGCAGCAGCAGCAGCAACAACAACAACAGCAGCAGGCCGCCAGCAAUCCUUCCCAGCAGCCAAACGAUGUCUACCUCAGCCAGCAGCAGCAGCAGCUCCAGCUGCCGCAGCUGUCCUUCCAACAACAGCAACUGGCGACCACAGCAACUACCUCAAUUACCACAGCGGCCUCCACUUCGGCUGCGGCGGCUGCAGCUGCGGCAGCGGCAGCGGCUGCCCUCAUGGGCGACGGCGACCCGGAGUUGUCCAAGCUGCUGGACAGCUUCGUGGAGUACUUUCCGGAUGAUACGCCCAUUGUGAACAGUGCCCCCUCGGAGGCCUCAGCAAUUAGCGAUAUCCAAAAAUCGCUGAUGCUCGAUGUCGAGUCGGCCGCCUUUGGCAACGAUAUGAGCCAGCACUUGAUGAUGAGCCAGCAGCAGGCGCAGCAGCAGCAGCAGCAUCUCCAACAGCAACACCAGCAGCAACAGCACUUGGCCCUGCAACAGCAGACCCAGCAGCAGCAUCUCCAACAGCAGCCGCCUGCAUAUCCGGGAAUGCUUAGUCUGCAGCAGCAGCAACAGCAACACCAACAGCAACAACAGCAGCAGCACAAUAUGCGGAUGCGGAUGAGCCAGGUCAACCAGGGAUUCCAGCGACCGCCACCGAUGUAUACAACACGUCCACGGGGGCCCAUGAAUGCGGUGGCCACACCCGGGGGAGUUGUGUUGCCGGCCCAGCAGCAGAUACGCAAUAUGCGACAGCAGCAGCUGGCGGCGGCCCAGCAAAAGGAGCGACUGCUGCAGCAACAGCAGAAGCAGCAGCUGCUCGUCCCGGAGAAUGCCACUGGCAUGAACGCGGGCCUGAACAACAUUGGCUCGCUGCUCAAUACAACAGUGGCUCCCAAUGUGUCCCUAUCUCGCACCAACCUCCCCUCGGACGCACAGCUCAGUCCUAACUUUGCUCAGACGCUGAUGCAGCAGCAACUUAGUCCCGGUCGCAGCACGCCCUACAGUCCGCAGCCCAAUCAAGGCUAUGCCCCACAGUUCCCGCAGCCUGGACAGCGCUUGUCUCCGCAGCAGCAGCAGCAGCUGAAUCAGCAGCAACAGCAGCAGCAGCAGAGCAAUGCACAGCAGCAACAGCUAGCAUACCAGCAGCAGCAGCAGCAGCAGCAGCAACAGGUUGGUGAUGGCGGACGUUCUAAUACGCCCUUCGGUUCCAACUCGGGAAUGCAGUCGCCGGGCAUGCAGAACAGUCCUCAGCAAUGGGGAGCUGGCGGUGGUGGCGGCGGCGGUGUAGGAGGAGGCGGAGGACCCGGUGGCAAUGCUGGAAGGUCGCUGCAACAGCACAAUCCCAUGCUUAUUGCCCAGCUGCAGGGCGUGAGUCCGUAUAAUGCGCGUCAAUACCAACAGAACCAGAGACGCGGCCUGAACUCCCCGGGAGCCGUUGGACCCGUUGGCGGCAAUCCGGCGGCAGUAGCGGCGGCAGCCCUGCAGCGUCAAAACUCGUUCCAGGGGCAAGGCGGUGGUGGCGGGGCCACCACCCCAGAUGGCUUUGGUGGUCCGCAGUCCCCGUAUGGAGGCAACAACGUCAAUGUGUUCCAGCAACAGCACUUGCAGAGACUGCAACGUCAGGGCAGCGUGCCACAGGCCACGCAACAUCUGCCAGGCUCGCCACGCUUUGGCUCCUCGCCGGGCAUCAGCAGCAGCAGCGGCAACAGCAACACCGAUAGCUCAGCUGCCGCAGGCAACCAGCAACAGCAACAGCAGCAGCAGCAGCAACAUCAGCAGCAGCAGCAGCUGAUGAACGGUCUGAGCAUGUCGCCGCAUCCGCAUCCGCAUCCGGCCUUGAUGGGCGUGGGCGGCAUGGGCAGUGGCGGCGGCAAUGGCAUCAUUGGCCUUGGCGGCGGGGGCGGUGGCAACUACGGUGGCUACGGUCAGUCCCAGCAGCAGCCGCAGCAGCAGCAGCAGCAGCAGGCGAAUGAUUUCUUUGGUCGGGUGCAGACCGCUGGCAAUGGCGGUGGCGGAGUGACUGGAGGCAAUGCCAACUCUGAGUUCGUCAAGCAGGAGCUGCGAGCGGUGGUCAGUGUGCGGGCCCAGCAGGCGGCUGCGGCAGCCACGGGCGGAGCCGGCGUUGGAGGCGGAGUGGUGCAGCGUGGACAGACGCCACAGAGUCCGCUGCAGCAGGGACCCGGGAUCGGUGGUGGCGGAGUGGUUGGUGGUGUGGCCAACAGUACAAAUGCCAUGGGCAACAUCACGCCCACGGGCAGCGGCAAUGUCAGCAACUCCAUGCUCAAUACGCCGCCAGAUCCAACGCUGGGCUUUAGCUUCGAGACGCCGGACUUCUUCACCAGCAGUGCUACGAGGUGACCCUAAGGUGCCUAAUGCCAGACCCCCCAAGGGAGCAGCUGCAUCUACCACGCAUUUAUGGCUCCAAGUAAGGCGACACAAUAGAAAAUCAAAGGAUAUAUAAAGUGAGACAGAGUCUGCGAGAAGGCGAAGUAUGUAAAUGUAAUUUAAAAUAUUAGCAGCACUAUUUAACAAAAAAUAUAUAUAUACCUAAAUAUAUUUAUUUUAUAAUACUAGCAAAUAUUAAUUCUAAAGCAAAAUGGGAACCUCGUAUAAAAGAAAAUUGCAUAAAAAUGAUAGAAAUACCAGACACACACACACGCUAAAUAGUUAAAUAUUUUCAAAAAUCUGA